AUGAUACACCAACACUGGGAACCGUCCCGCGGCCUGGACGUGGCCUUCAGUGUGGCUGCACCCAAGAAGAAGAGGCUGUGGUCCCAUAGCCUAACUAGCCCCAUAAAAAAAAACAAGAAGAAGAAGAAGAGGCGAUUCAAAGCGGUACAGGUCAAAAGAAGAAGAAGGCUGCUGGGCCUGACAACACUCGCCUGGCCCCGACCCUCUGCGCCAUCGAGCACCCCCUGCUGCACUGCCCCGCCCAGUGAGUGCCGCCAACCCCCUCCCUGGACGUGGCCACCUUGGCAGGCGUCCACCCCUCACGGCAGGAAGCAGCAGCCACCGGCGCCUUCCUCAGGAAGGUACUUGAGGCUUGCCGCGAGACCAGCCGACUGCAGCGGGUGUGCUGGCGCUGGACAGCAGGUGUGCUGGCAGGAGGCUGCAGGGCUGGACAGCAGGUGUGCUGGCAGGAGGCUGCAGGGCUGGACAGCAGGUGUGCUGGCAGGAGGCUGCAGGGCUGGACAGCAGGUGUGCUGGCAGGAGGCUGCAGGGCUGGACAGCAGGUGUGCUGGCAGGAGGCUGCAGGGCUGGACAGCAGGUGUGCUGGCAGGAGGCUGCAGGGCUGGACAGCAGGUGUGCUGGCAGGAGGCUGCAGGGCUGGACAGCAGGUGUGCUGGCAGGAGGCUGCAGGGCUGGACAGCAAGUGUGCUGGCAGGAAGCUGCAGGGCUGGACAGCAGGUGUGCUGGCAGGAGGCUGCAGGGCUGGACAGCAGGUGUGCUGGCAGGAGGCUGCAAGGCUGGACAGCAGGUGUGCUGGCAGGAGGCUGCAGGGCUGGACAGCAAGUGUGCCAGCAGGAGGCUGCAAGGCUGGACAGAAGGUGUGCUGGCAGGAGGCUGCAGGGCUGGACAGCAGGUGUGCUGGCAGGAGGCUGCAGGGCUGGACAGAAGGUGUGCUGGCAGGAGGCUGCAGGGCUGGACAGCAGGUGUGCUGGCAGGAGGCUGCAGGGCUGGACAGAAGGUGUGCUGGCAGGAGGCUGCAGGGCUGGACAGCAGGUGUGCUGGCAGGAGGCUGCAGGGCUGGACAGCAGGUGUGCUGGCAGGAGACUGCAGGGCUGGACAGCAGGUGUGCUGGCAGGAGGCUGCAGGGCUGGACAGCAGGUGUGCUGGCAGGAGGCUGCAGGGCUGGACAGCAGGUGUGCUGGCAGGAGGCUGCAGGGCUGGGCAGCAGCAUGAGUGGCCAGGACAAGCAGGAGCAGACUGCUGCAGGGGGCAGGAGGCUCAGUGGUCAUCAGAUGAAGCAACUUGCUGCUGGCAACUCCAGCAACAAAGGAGAGAGGAAGUUUGUGUGUCUGGAGUGUGGAAAAGAAUUGACCUCAAGGGGAGGCCUGAAAUAUCACACCCUUACACACACUGGUGUGAAGAACUAUGAAUGUAAGGAAUGUGGGAAAAAAUUUGCCCGGAAGAGUAACCUUGAUCAACAUACCCUUACACACACUGGUAUGAAGAACUAUCAGUGUAAGGAAUGUGGGAAAAGUUUUGCCCGGAAAAAUAACCUUAAUAUACACACCCUUACACACACUCGUGUAAUGAACUAUGAAUGUAAGGAAUGUGGGAAAAAAUUUGGCCGGAAGGGUAACCUUGAUAAACACAUCCUUACACACAUUGGUGUAAAGAACUUUGAAUGUAAGGAAUGUGGGAAAAAGUUCAUCCUGAAGGGUAAUCUUGAUAAACACACCCUUACACACACUGGUGUAAAGAACUAUGAAUGUAAAGAAUGUUGGAAAAAAUUCAGCCAGAAGAGUACCCUUGAUACACACACCCUUACACACACUGGUGUAAAGAACUAUGAAUGUAAGGAAUGUGAGAAAAAAUUCAGCCUGAAGAGUACCCUUGAUGCACACACCCUUACACACACUGGUGUAAAGAACUUUGAAUGUAAGGAAUGUGGGAAAAAAUUCACCCAGAAGAGUACCCUUAAUACACACACCCUUACACACACUGGUGUAAAGAACUAUGAAUGUAAGGAAUGUGGGAAAAAGUUCAGCCUGAAGCGUACCCUUGAUACACACACCCUUACACACACUGGUGUAAAGAACUAUGAAUGUGAGGAAUGUGGAAAAAAAUUCAGCCAGAAGAGUCACCUUGAUAUACACACCAUCAGACACACUGGUGUAAAGAGUCAUGAGUGUGAAGAGUGUGGGAAGAGGUUCAGUGUGAAGCAGGCACUCAAUGAACACAUCUUCAGGCACUAUGGCAUUAGAGAGUUCAAGUGUGACAUUUGUGGUAAGGUCUUCAAGACAAAGCCUGAAAUUAGAAGACACAUGAAGACCCACUUCAGGGAUGUGUCUUCCUAAGCUGUGAUCUUUUAAUGUCUCACGGCUCUUCUCCCCGGCACUGGGUCAUCCUCCAUGUAUUACUGUGUCUGUCCUCUCCAUCUGACCGUCACCCUAGUGCCCAGUGACCGUCUUGGCUCAUUAUUUACUAUUUUUCCAUGUGCUCGCUCCUCCAUCCCCACCACUGUCACAUCCCAUCGAGUGUCCUUGCAGAUUCACGGCUCCUCCUUAGAGAGUAACACUUCCCAUUACCUCCAUUUGCUGUGACCAUCUUGACACAACUUACAUACAGCUUCAUAGACCAAAAUAAUGCUGACCCCUUAAUUGUGUUGUACUCUGGCAUUCUGGAAAAAUAACAAUUACAUUUCCAGUUGCUCUGUUCAUUUUCCUCACUUGCCUUGAAGAUUGACCGUGAAUGGUUCUGGCACCCAACCAAUAAGUGGUACCUCAUGAUUCGAACGCCUUUCAAUUCGAACAAUUCCCAAUUCCAAUACAUUUAUCAAACGAAGCCACCAGUGUAGCCAGGUCGGUGAAUGUGAUACCGUGGACUCCAGCCUCAAAAACCGCCAACCCGCGACUGCCAUUUUUCACGCACACUCCCUUGAAAAAUAUUCCAAUUGCGCGGGAAAAACGUGGACCUGGCAACGCUAAAAGCCACUCUUGUCAGUCACGGUUGCGCUCCCCUGCUUUGAACGCCACUCUGUUCUUGAUAUUUUUUGCAUAUUUUCUUGAAGUUAACCCUCAUUAUGGCUCCCAAGAAAGUGAAGUGACAGUGCAAGUGGUGGUAGGAAGCUUAAGCGUUAUAGUAUGGAGAUGAAGAAGGAAAUAAUACAAAACCAGAGAAACUACCAGCAUACCUUUCAUCAUCACUGUCAUCAUCAGCACUCCAUAUCCGUCCGUUUUUCCUUCCUUCGUGAUCCAAUUCCUCUUCUCCGGUGUAUUCCACCCCAAAUCAUAUUCCCACUCAUCUUACAACCAGGUCAAGACGAGUACCACAGUGAACAUCACCCAGGCCCUUUGUAAACACUACCCUAGGCCUCGUUGGCAACAGCGCCGAUCAGCUGAUCAGUGGGGAGCUCGCCAACUAUACGUCCUUUCCCCACGGUGCCCCACAAAAUGCAUUUACAUGUGUUGGCAAUAUUUAGUUGACAAUAUAUAUCUGGUUGACAAUAUUUGAGUGAUCGGGCUACAGGGCACAACAUAAACCCUUAAAAAUGUU